UUGCGCAUCUGCCGUUUGUUGAUGCUGCCAGAUAUCUAUUCUGUACAUGGGUCUCUGCACUCUACCACCGCCCGGCACCCGUAGUACUAUGGCCACCCGUUCGAUUGAUUGAUGAGACCUGCCUCGCUCAUUCUUCUCCCAUACCUGACUCUGGAUUCAUUCCGGCCUUCUGGAUCACUAACACACAUUCUUGUCUAAGCUGUGCAACUACUGCUGGGGAGCGCAACUUGAACUUGAUCCGCUACCUUACCUUACGCUCGCCUCCGAUACGAUACGAUACCACCACGACCAAGAGCUCACGAAUGGGAGAGAAUGGUGGAGGAGAGCAUGGUGUAGUAGUAGCAGCACGAACGACACCAGUCUCGCGGUCGUCUUCUGCAUGACCUUGGCACUCACCUCCGAAUCCAUAUUCUUAUGAAGAACCAGUUCCUGCCAUGGAGCCUCUGGGCUCUGUCGCAUGUGGCGCUGGCCGAUACCUCACUGCCAUACAAUCCGACGGCUGUCCUCACAUGGGAGAACUCCACCACCGCAUACAUCUUGAGCGGCUCGUCGAGCAAUGCGAACCAGGGCACGCUACAGGCAUUGGAUGUCUCGGGCCAGUUCUCCGUCAAUAAGCUGUCAAUCAAGACUCUGUCGCAGACACUGCCCUUCUUAAACAGUGAUACCCUCGUGCCGUAUGUGCCCAUCAUCGAUGGCGCUGGCAACAUCACUGUCGUUGCAGGCAGCUGUGACGCGGGGCCAGAUGACACCACGCUAUGGCGGUAUUCGGGAGGGUGGGCACAACAUAACACAUCUGGAACACAACUCAGCUCAAGUGGGAACUUGGUGGGAGUCAACUAUCUCAGUAACGGAGUGGCCUUCACGGCUGGCGUGGCCGAUACAGUGACGGCAGCAGACUUCUAUGUCUUUGGCGGCAUGUGUCCCGAGAGUAAUAGCACGGCAGCAACAUGGCAAAGCGACGCAGAGUACUCGCAAACGAUGCUGGAAUAUGCCUCGGGAGAUGGAAGUACAUAUGAUAUCAGCAACACGGCCGCCAGAGGGCCACCUAUACCGGAAGCGGGAUUCUCCAUGACGGGCCUCACGCCCACUUUUCGAGUCAACACGACGGGGAAUGCGCAGACCCAACAGCGAGACUUUCUGUUGUUUGGCGGGCACACCCAAGAUGCAUUCCUCAAUACUUCUCAAGUCGCCAUGUUCUCUCUGCCACAGAAUAGCUGGUCGUUCUUGCCAGUGCAGCAGCCAUCAGCAACCAGAACAGAUCUCGCUGCACGUUCGUCUGAUGUCUCAGCGGUGGAGCCCCGAUCAGGGCAUACAGCGGUACUUUCGCAAGAUGGCAGCAAGAUCAUCAUCAUCGGGGGCUGGGUGGGAGAUGUCUCGAACCCUGCACAGCCACAACUGGCAAUACUGAAUCUAGGCUCCGAAUAUGGUGGAGAUGAAGCAGAGGCAUGGACCUGGACAGUACCCGAUCAAACGGGCAGCGGCAUCGCCGCAGGCACUGGAUUAUACGGACAUGGUGCAGCCAUGCUUCCUGGUGGCGUUGUGAUGAUCGUAGGCGGCUACACCAUUCCCGCUGCAUCAUCCUCGAGAUAUGCCCGAAGGCAGGCGCAGGUCAGCGAUCAGAUCUUGCUGUACAACGCCACUGCGAACCAGUGGAUUGACUCGUACACGAAUCCUUCGUAUACUGGGCAAGCGAGCGCAUCCACGUCCGGAGGUGGAGCUCUAAGCAAGAAAUCGCAACAAACAGGUCUGGGUUUGGGUCUCGGUCUGGGCGUGCUCGUGCUGGUGUUGCUGAUUCUGGCGUACUUCUGGUAUUCCAGGCGUCUCCAGAAGAAGCGGGAGGAGCGCGAACAGGCAUUGGUGCAUUCUGCAGGCGGGUCAUUCAUGGCUUUGGAUCAGCCAUUCCUGGAUCAUGGAAGUGUGCAUGAUCGACGCAAUGGGCCGUAUUCUGCCGUCGGGAACGGUGAACAGCAGAUGCAACAAGCCGCUUCCACAGGUCUUUUCGUCAACGUGCCAAGUUCUCUUCAAGGCCUGGCAAGCAGGCCCUACAGCUAUCACAAGACAGCAAGAUACGACGACUCGCAGGUCAUACAGGGCAGUGGUAAUAUACAUCCCAUUCUCGAACGACAAGAUGAGGAUGAUGUUGAACGAGCCAGCACUCCACGGGACCCCUUCCUCGAUCAGUCCCCAACUCUGGAGCCAGGACAAGUGCGCGACAGGUUUAGUAAUGCCGAGGCGAAGCUACAAGAGCUACAGCGAGUGCUGCACUCGGGCACCACGACUUCGCCUGUUCGUGAAAGUUCCCAUGAUGUGGUCCCGAACCCGCUAGGAAGUCAUCCUCACUCGCCACAACCGGCUAAUGCCGCAGAAACUUUGCGUAGAGUUCCGACCUUUUUGUCCCGGCAUCAGGUCAUCGAGCGGAAGCCAGUGUCCACUGAUCAGGACGCGAACUGGGAGGUGAUAGAGCACGAGUACGAUGAGCUGCCUGGCUCGAGCUCCGGCCAUGGUUCUGCACCUGCGUCUUGGACGGGCCGCAUGUCACCUACCAAGACAGAUGAACGAACGUCCUCCACGCUGAGUGAUCAAUCUUCUCGUUCUCACACGUCCACGAACUCGAUCACGCGCACAAUGUCGACACGUACGGGAGCGGCGAUGGUAGCAGCGCUGGCCCGGCGGGAAGCCGACACCACGCCAUGUACGUCGCCACUGGCGACACGAACAGGAACCAUGACUACGACGGCAUCGAGCAGUGGUAGGAAGUCACCGUAUUACUUCCUAGGAGCGCACACGGAAAGUCAAAGGAAGUCGAGGAGAGAGGCCAAGAAGGCACCGGCAUUGGAGCCUAUACAGAAUGCCGAUCAAUCGACCGAGUCCUUCAUGACGGCUCACUCGUCUUUCAUCGGCCUCCAGCAAGAAGGCAAAUCACUUCUCGGCGGCAGCCCCGUACGUGAUCGCGAUGAUCCGUACCAACGAGCACUGGCCGCUCAUGGCAUGAACGUCAGCGGACAAAAAUCGGAAGCAGAGGCGUCAUCGGUUCCACAUCGAAGACAAGGCUGGAUGGGCAGUAUACGCCGAGCGUUGACGACAGCCAUGAAUGAGCGCAGCUUCAGCAUGACUAGUCAAAGUAAGCACGCCCACGAUGAAGUGGACCCGCGAACCUCUGCAUCAUCUCCCACCCGAAUGUCGGGCAGUGGGAUUAGCGCCAGCGACGGCCCACGGCGUACCGUAUCCGAUGGCGGCGCGCUCCUCAAACAGAAACGAGGACAGAAAGAUUGGGAUGGUCUUGAUCCGUACCGAGACGAUCCCAACCUCGCAGGUGACUGGGGCGAGGAAGCUCGGACGUCUCUCGAAGUUCGGGAAGCCGAAAACGAGUGGGAUGUGGAGGGUGCUGCUGCCAAACGCGACUUUCAAGUCAUGUUCACCGUUCCCAAAUCUCGAUUGCGGGUGGUCAACGCCGAUAUCGAACGCGCGAGUAUGCGAUCUGCUUCAGAUGGAGCCAUCAGUCGCAAGGAAAGUAUGCUGAGCUUGAAUGCGAGAAACCAUGUAGUGGCGCAAUUGAGUCGAGAGGGAAGUGUGAAUACGGUCCGAAGUCGUAGCGGAGGAGACAUUGAGAAUAGCCAAAUGGAGUUGCGAUUGCGAGGCAUCAUGAGGGCUGAAGAGCGGAAUACUAAAAAGGCCGUUUGAACCGCAAAUGUCUGUCUGGCUGGAAUGUUAGGUUGUUCUAGAUGCCCCCGUGAUGAUGACUUACUUUUCUUCCAUAGGUGGAUUUUUCAAAAUGGAUGGGCGAGAUCCCCUACAAUCAGAUUCGCAAUGGGGCCGGAUUGGAUUGGAUGGGAAAGGUGAAUGGAUGGAUGAUUGGUACAGAUUGUGAAAAAUUAGCGAAAGGUGCAUGGCGUCUUAUUGUUUUGUUACUG